CUGACAUCAUGCAAGGAGACUCCGGCUGGUUUAAUGGCCGGGGAGUCGGCCGCCGCCUGCGUUUUUUGGAUUGCUCGUUCAGCAACGACCCCGGCAAAACAUUCGCUUGCAAUCGGCCUAUCUAUGAGGUGUAAUAUAAAACGCACCAACGUUUGCAUGGAGCUGAGCAAUAACUGUCUCCCCCAUCUCCCUCACCACCAACAUCAACAUGAGCGUCGAAUUCACCGUCUUCAAGGGCUCGAAAGCCGAUGGCAUCGUCCAAGCCACGACCUCGCGCCCCGAGCCGACCGGGAUCCAAGUCCUGGUCCGCAUCACACAUUCUGGCAUCUGCGGCACCGACGAGCACUUCAAGCACGCCGACAUGGCGCUCGGUCACGAGGGUGUCGGCGUCGUCGAGAAAAUCGGAUCGGACGUGUCGUCGCUGUGCGUAGGUGACGUCGUCGGGUGGGGCUACACGCACAAGACCUGCGGCAAAUGCGAGCAGUGUCUCCAGGGCCGGGACCAGUACUGCACGGACCGCGAGAUGUACGGCACGCACAGCUUCGACCAGGGCUCCUUCGGCACGUACGCCGUCUGGGAGGAGACGUUCCUGUUCCGCGUCCCGGCCAACCUCGCUCCGGAGCACGCCGCUCCCCUGAUGUGUGGCGGCGCGACUGUGUUCGAGGUCAUCGAGAGCUACAACAUCCGGCCCACGCAGCGCGUCGGCGUCGUCGGGAUCGGCGGGCUGGGCCAUCUGGCCGUCAUGUUCGCGGCGAAGAUGGGCGCGGAGGUCGUCGUGUUCUCGAGCUCCGACUCGAAGCGGGAGGAGGCUGCGCAGCUGGGCGCGUCGGAGUUUCACGCGACGAAAGGCGUGACGCAGUUCGAGAAUGUGCGGCCGCUCGACCACCUGAUCGUGACGACCAGCUUCAUCCCCUCGUGGGCCCCGUAUAUGACUGUGAUGAAGCCCAAGGGCACGAUCUACCCGCUGACGGUCAGCCAGGACGACUUGUCCUUCCCUAGUCUUCCCCUCAUCAUGGGUGGAAUCAACAUCCAGGGCUCGGCUAUUGCCGCCCGCUCUGUCCAUCGCCGUAUGCUCGACUUUGCCGCGCGCAACCACAUCGAGCCGAUGAUUGAGAAGUUUUCGAUGACGAAGGAGGGUGUCGAGGAGGGCAUGGCUCGGCUGAGGGACGGUAAGGUCAGAUACCGCGCUGUCCUCGUUGUGUAAAAGCGUAGUUUUGGAGUGACAUAUCGUAGACUUAUUAUCUAAAUGAUGAAUGUUUCCGUUUAUCAGCGCGUGUAGUUUGAGGAGGUUGAAACAAUCCAAGUGCCGACUGCGUGCAGGUGGGGUCGGGACCGCGAUCGAUGAACUUGGGAUGUUGAGGAUUAGAGAAGCAAGCAAAGGCAAAUCAUAUAUCGGUUCUUCGGCGGCGAGAUAGAUGCAAUUACUUAGGCAUUCAAAACGACUGCUGCGUUGGGAGCUUAGAGUCACAUUGCUCAAGCAGAACCGGCGGCUAUGAGGUGACUCCGAGUCAUGCACCAGAUCGGAACUCCGAAGUCCGACGAAGCUCAUUUAGAUUUCGGAGUUCCAUCUUGACUCCCGACUUAUAAGAUGCUCACACCUCCUCCUCCCACUUAUACCCACUCACAACCAGGAUGACAGACAAGAAAUACACCCAUGGCCACCACGAAUCGGUGCUGCGCUCCCACUCCUGGCGCACUGCCCAAAACUCGUGCGCCUACCUGCUCCCCCUCCUCAAACCAGACAUGCACAUCCUCGACGUCGGCUGUGGCCCGGGGACGAUCACCGCCGACCUCGCCGCUCUCGUCCCCAACGGGCACGUCACCGGGAUCGAGGUCUCCUCCGAGUCUGUGCUCGAGAGCGCCCGCGCGCACGCAGCGUCGCAGGGCGUAGCGGCCAACGUGACCUUCGAGCUCGGCGACGCGCUCGCACUCGCGUACCCCGACGCGACGUUUGACGUGGUGCACGCGCACCAGGUGCUGCAGCACGUCUCGGACCCGGUCCGCGCGCUGCGCGAAAUGGCGCGCGUCGCGAAGCCGGGUGGGCUCGUCGCCGCGCGCGAUGUCGACUUUGCCUCGUUUGCGUGGUUCCCCGAGAGCGAGGGCAUGGAUCUGUCCCACCGCACGUACCGCCGGCUUGCGCGUGCGAAUGGAGGCGAGCCGGAUGCGGGCCGGCGGCUGUUCUCGUGGGCGCUCCGUGCUGGAUUCGCGAGGGAGCAGAUUGUCAAUACGGCGAGCACCUGGUGCUACAGCACGCCUGAGGAUGUGGCGUGGUGGAGCUCGCUGUGGUCUGAUCGUGUUCUGCACUCGGGCUUUGCCUCCGGGGCGAUCGAACGCGGACUUUUGGAUGAGGAUGGGCUCAAGACUGUCUCUGACGCUUGGAAGGCUUGGGGCUCGCAGCCCGAUGCGUGGUUUGGGUUGAUGCACGGUGAGAUUGUCUGCACGAAACCUCGAGCAGCCAACGUAUAGCGCAUACACUGUACCGACUAUGCUGUUCCUUUUUUCAAAAAAAU